AUGGGUUCCAUGUUGUUAGUACCUGCUAAUUAUAAUCAUUCCAUGAUUGUCUUCUACUCACCUCGCGGUGUCAAUGAAGCAAUGCGCGAGUGGGGUCAAUCCAUGCGACAAGCAUUUAAUCGAACCGUUAGAUAUCGUCUCAACGAUAUAACCAUUAAUUCUCUUGGCUAUUACACGGACAAUGGCGGCUAUUAUUAUUAUCAUACAGAGACAGAAAUGAACUAUGAAGAAACAAUAAUAUCUAUUUCCCACAAGAUCUCAUUACCGUUUAAUUACAUUCAACUUGACUCGUGGUGGUACUACAAAGGCAUCGGAGAUGGUGUUUCUGAAUGGUCACCUCGUCCUGAUAUCUUUCCUGAUGGUCUUCCAAUGGUUCACCGUCGUUUGGAAAAUCUUCCUCUAGCAGCACAUAAUCGUUACUGGGCAUCGGAUACUAUCUAUACGAAGAAAUAUGCGUUUGUGAUUGAUCAUGCGAAUGGAAAGGCUCUUCCAAAGGGAAAUGAUUCAUUCUGGAUCGAUCUGUUAGGUGAAGCAUUUCGGGAUUGGGGCUUGAUUCUCUACGAACAAGAUUGGUUGAAUGUACAAACGAUUGAUUUCACACCAACACGUACUGAUAUUCAUCUUGGACAUCAAUGGUUAACGUCAAUGGGCAAAGCAGCUGAUCAAAUAGGAGUGAAUAUUCAAUAUUGCAUGAGUUUACCUCGUCAUGCUCUGCAAGCUCUGGAAAUUCCACGCGUAACACAAGCACGUGUGUCCGAUGAUUAUGCCGUUCAUCUUCGUCAACAAGGCUCACAAUGGAAUAUCGGAGUGUCGAGUAUGUUGGCCGAUGCUAUCGGUUUGGCUCCUUACAAGGAUGUCUUUUGGUCGAGUUCAAACGAACCCGAAGCUCCGUACAAAGUACCCGUAAUGGAACCAGUUCCAGAUCGAGAAAUACUCAUUGCCACUCUCUCGACAGGACCAGUCACACCCGGUGAUGCAAUCAAUUACACAGACGUCAACCGAAUCAUGCGAUGCUGUAACCAAAGGGGGCUCAUCUUGAAACCUGAUCGACCGAUAACUUUGAUCGAUGCACUCGUUGCCGACUGGGCCCAAAAUAAUGGAGUUGCGCAAGGAGAACUCUACUCUACUCGAUCAACGCUGUGA